AUGGAGACAAUUCGGAACCUCUGCCACAACGCCAGUUCAACCACACCCCUUCUUUCACCUUUCCGCUUGGCAAGUUCUUUGUUUUUCUCAUUUGGGUGUUCCACUAUUUGCUCCCCCAAACACUCUAUUGGGUGUUCUUCAACUUUUCGCUCUAAUAUUGAUAAUGGGCACUCGCGCUUCAAUCUCAAUUUGCACUUUCACGUUCGUGUGUGUUUUUGUACGUGUACGUAUACUACUUACAAGGCUAGACCUCUUGCUACUUCAGAGCAAGUUGCUCAAAUCAUUGCACUGAUUCGUGAGGAUGAGGAUGAUUUGGGUUCCAAGUUGAAUAGUAUGAACGUGUCUUUGUCUCAUGCAUCAGUUGUUGACAUUUUUCAGAGAUUAGCAAGUGAAAGAUUGCCAGCAUUACAGUUCUUUGAUUGGCUUAAAGCUUCCGAUCCUGAUAUCUGUUGUGAUCCCGAUUUAGGUAGCUUGUUUGUUAAUAACUGUGGGUUGUUGGGGAAUUAUGAGGCAAUGAUUCCCCUUUUGAGUGAAUUUAGCCUUCAAAAUGUAUUUUUGGGAAUGAAAGCUUUUGGGUUUUUACUGGAUUUGGGUUUGGACAAGGCUUCUAGUAUGGUAUCUGUGAAAAAGGUCAUGGUUGUGUUCAAUGAGGUUGGUGGGGUUUAUCAAAGUUGUGGAGUUCAGUUGUUGAUAGAAAUGUUUGGUUUUUCGGGAUCGUUUGAGAUAGCUAAGUUUGUGAUAAGAACAACUGGGAGGAAGGAGAAGAACUAUCAUGUCUUAAUGAGGAUAAUGUGUAAGAGAGGUGAUUGUAAAAGAGUAGGAGAUUUGGUUAUGGAGAUGGAGAGAAGUGGUUGUGAUAUGAAUGCAAGUACUUAUAAUUUGUUACUCAGUUGUCUAUGCAAGAGUGGUAACAUUGAUGAAGCUUGGCAAGUGCUUGAAGCUAUGGAGAAAAACCAGGGUAUAUCUGAUGUGCAUAGCUUUGAUAUUCUUAUUAACUCGUUUUGUAAGCGCCAUCAGUUUGAUUUGGCUUUGAAGCUUGUUGAUAAAAUUACAUUAAAGGGUAUUGAACCUAGUAUUUUAACUCAUGUUGUAGUAAUAAAGUCCUAUUUUGAAUCAGGAAAGUAUGAGGAAGCACAUGAGUAUGUGAUUGGUUCUGCUGGUAAGCUGAGCUAUUCUAGCAAUGCAAAUUAUAGCUUGCUUGCUACCCUUCAUUUGAAGAAUGGGAAUGUGCUGCUUGCCAGUAAGGUUAUUUCUGAGAUGAUGGACAGGGGUCUUAAACCUAAUUUUUCAGCAUACAAAAAAAUUAAGACUCAUCUUGAGAAGAAAGAUGAAAAAGCCUUGUUUAUGGAAUUAUCAAGAAGAUAA